CUAUAGAGGAGAGCAGCAGACAAACAAAUAAAGGGGCGUAUCUACUCGAAAAUGGACAUACACAGUGCUGCCAGGGCUGGUGACUUGAGUGCUUUACAAGAUGCCAUCAAGAGGGGAGAUGAUGUCAACAGUGUGAAUGAGGAUGGGUGGACUCCACUCUGGUGGGCAGCCAGUGAAGAUCACGCCGACUGUAUUAGAGAGCUGCUCUCCUCAGGAGCCGUGGUGGACCUGGCUGACAAGAAUGGGUGGACUCCACUCAUAAGGGCAGCAAAGGAUGGUCACGCUGACUGUGUUAGAGAGCUGCUCUCCUCAGGAGCCGUGGUGGACCUGGCUGACAAGAAUGGGCGUACUCCACUCUAUUGGGCAGCCGGUGCAGGUUACACUGACUGUGUUAGAGAGCUGCUCUCCUCAGGAGCCGUCAUGGACCUGGCUAACAAGAAGGGGUGGACUCCACUCAUGGAGGCAGCCAGGGAAGGUCACACUGACUGUGUAAGAGAGCUGCUUUCCUCAGGGGCCGUGGUGGACCUGGCUGACAUGUAUGGAAACACUUCACUCAUGAAGGCAGCCUACAGGGGACAUGUAGAUACUGUGAGGGAGCUUCUCUCAUCAGGGGCUUCCCCUCUCUGCACUAAUAAAUAUAGAGACACUGCUCUGAUGAGAGCCAAGGAAUCACCUAACCCUUCAAUAAUAAAACUUCUGGAGGAAGCUGCUGAAUCACAUUCACGUCCGCAGUCUGUGCAGAUCCUCCCUAGAAACGGAACUGUCGUUACUGACACAGAAACGAAGAAGCCAGUCUACCAGAACAAGGCAGCAGGGGAAACCCUCACCACACCAACUGGGUGUAAGUGUGUUCUUGUGCUGUAUCCAGCACAUGGUUUUGUGUGUUUUACCUCCUGUGUAGAUCCCCUGCACCAAACCUCCGCACACCCUAAUGUCACUUUUUAUGGCGAGCCUCAAGAGAAGGAGUUCACCUCCAGUGGUGGUUAUGCCGACUUUGAUAAUGGAGUUGAAGUGACUGUUCCAGCUAAUGCUGUCCCAGCAGGGACCUCUGUGAGCAUUAAAGUCCAACCCAGUCUUGCACCCAAGGAUGUAUUUGUGAUGCCUGAGGGCAUUCAGUCUGCCAGUCCGUCCUACUUGAUCUUUGGUGAAGGUCUAAACGGAGAAGUGACCCUGAGCAUGGAGCAUCAUGUACGAGUGUCCACCCAACAAGAAGCUGAUGAUCUCCUCUUUCUCCAAGCUGACUCGUCUCCCAAGAGAUGUGGUUCAAAGAGUGUCUAUGAGUACCGGGAGGUACUAGAGGGGAGGUCAGAGUUCACUCCUGGAGGUGACACUGGGGGACUGACGCUAGGCACACGACUGAAGAACUUCUUUAAAAUUGGGAGGAGAAAAAGAGGCAAUACUGACAGUAACCUCUACACUGUCAGAGUUUACCGGUCUCCUCCACACACAACUGAGGACACGCUAGCCAUCAUUGCAGUCAGUCUCUGUGGGAGCUUAUACGCUAAGUUGAUGGAUGAAAAGGUGAUCCCACGAGAGUAUCCUGAAGUGUCUUCAAAGUCAAUUGACAGAACGACUCAAGGAUCACUGACGUUUGUUGAUAUGUGUGCCACUCUCAACAUUCACCCAGUGCUGGGAUGGUCUGUGGAACCAGACAAGAAAUUGAUCUCGCGUAGUGAAGUGGAUCAGCCUGAGAUGGAGAAGUUCAGACCUGAGGAUCUCCACGACUACCCUCCCAGGAUAAUCUGCAGGCUCUUCCCUGAGAAGAAUGCUCCCAAGAGAACCACUUGUAUCAUCUCCUUGUCUGGACUACUGCCACAGGUCAAAGUUCACCUACCAUUGAAGCCACCCACCCCCAAAGUUGCCGUGGAUACUACUAAACUACAGGAGGCCACUGAUGAGUUGAGAAGGUCUGCCCUGGCAGUGAGUGGCACACAACUUGGCUCUACUGUGAAGAGUGUAGUGUCUCUAAUGGAGAGAAUGAUUGCUGCUCUGAGGUCAUAUUCUCUGAGUGAGCUGACAGGCCACACUGACUCCAUACGGACAGAGAUAGCGUCGGUCCUUGUAGUGACCAGGAGGGUUGUCGAGGAGUGCACAGUACAGAGCAUCAGUGAGAACAUGGGAGCCAGUCUCUCUAAGAUGAACACUUUAUCUCACCAGCUUCGUCGGUUGGUCAGGGUCAAACUCAGAUACUGUCUAGACCAGUCAGAGGAGACAGCUGCUCUUGUUGACCUGGUGGAGAAUGGAGCUAAUUUGUUGAGAGCUGUGGACUGUCUACUCAGGGACAUCCACACACUCAGUGGAGUCAGUGGCCUGGCAGAGAGGAUAGACAUUGAACACCCUCUACUCAACAACGAGAUUGAGACAACAGAGUUCCCAAUUUUGGCUUGUUAUUUCGACAACGUGAAAAUGUACUCUCUAGCGUUGGGACUCACUCCUGCUCAGCAAACUGAUGUGAGGCAGAUUAAAGUUUUAGAAGACACACAAACGGCCAUGAUGGAGUGCUUGUCCCUGUGGCAGAGGAGUAACCCAGCUGCUGCAACAUAUAGAACUCUUCUGAAACUACUCGUAAGAAUGAGGAAACAUGAAAUUGCUAACAAAGUAUUCAAACAUUGCCUAGAGAAUAGUAAACUUACAUAGUACAUGUGUAGCAUAUUAUUUGUUUUGUAAUCGACCUGUAUUUUUUCAUGUUGGUAAAGUUUGCAAUUGGGUGCACAAAAUUAAUAUAUAACAUUUCAGUUUUAUUUAGAUGAUGUAUAGAAUUAUAAUUAUAUGGAAUAUCUUCUCAUGACUAU